GCACGGGGCCGCGCUGCCAGCGCGGGGCAGAGCUGCACCUCUGGCAUCUCCUUCCUGCAGCCUCUGUGUGGCUGGAGCCAGCCCCAGCAUGAUGCUCCUCAUCCCACUGCCAGCCUGGCUGGCCCUGGGCAUCCUGCAGCUGUGCCUCUCCAGCGCCCAGGAGUGCCUGAGCCCGCAGCAGGCGCUGAGCGCGGUGCGGCAGAUGCAGAAGCUGCUGGCGGCGCAGGAGGCUGCGCAGCUGCGGGGCGUGCGGGGGCUCCGGCAGCAGCUCAGCCUCCUGCAGAGCCGCCUGCAGAGACCGGCCGCCAAACGCAACGAGACCUGCCCGCCGCCGGCGGUGCCGCCGCACGGGCGGCUGCUGGGUCGCAGCCUGCGGGUGGGCCACGACCUCCACUUCGUCUGCGACGCCGGGUUCCGGCUGGUGGGCUCGGAGACGCGGACCUGCCGGCACGACCGCCGCUGGAGCGGCACCCAGCCCUUCUGCAGAAGUAUUGACGACUGCUCCAGCAGCCCCUGCGCCAACGGCGGGACCUGUGUGGAUGGCGACCAGAGCUACACGUGCCUCUGCCCGCGGGGGUGGUCCGGCCCCAGCUGCCAGAGCCCCGUCUACGCCUACUGGGUGGCACUGAACAGCACGUCCUUCAGCCGCCAGCCCCGCUGUGCCCAGGGCCGCUCCGGCUCCCGGCGCUGCAGCUGCGACUCUGGCUUCCAGCUGCGAGCCAGCGGCGUGUGCCACGACGUGGAUGAGUGUCAGCUCUUCCAGUCCAGCCCCCAGACCCGGCUUUGCGCCCACAGCUGCCUCAACCUGCCCGGCUCCUACCGCUGCCUCUGCCCCCCCGGCUACCUGCUCCACGCAGACGGCAACACCUGCGAGGACGUGAACGAGUGUGCUGAGAAGCAGCACAACUGCACCCAGGGCGAGCUUUGCAUCAACACCUUCGGGGGCCACCGCUGCGUGCGCCCCAAGUGCCCUCCCCCCCGCCACAACACCAGCUACGUCAAGACCUCUGCCUUCCAGUGCGAGAGGAGCCCCUGCCCCACGGAGAGCCGAAGCUGCCGCCUGGCCGCCACCUCCAUCUCCUUCCACUACCUGCCGCUGCAGGCCAACCGCACGGUGCCCCACGUCCUCUUCACCAUGUCCACCGCCCGCGGCGUGGGGGACAGCCUGCGCUUCGCCAUCGUGGGCGGCCGCGGCCAGGACGUCUUCGCGGUGCGGCGCUCGGACCGGCAGACGGCGGAGCUGGUGCUCAGCAGCCCCGUGGCGGGGCCGGCCGCGCUGGAGGUGGAGCUGGAGAUGAGCGAAUUCUCCCGCAGGCUCCUGCUGGCCAAGCAUAUCUUCAAGGUCACCACCUUCGUGUCCGCCUACGAGUUCUGAGCCUCUGUGGAAAGGGCUGCG